AUGGCUACAGUGUGGUGCAGCCAUAGCACCAUGCUAUUUAAGGACUUAGUAGAAGUCCUGAAAUUGGAGCAUCCGGAACUGAGGGCAGGGGAUUGGACCCUAUGGAAAGAGACCGACCCGGAGGAGAGAGGAAGGGAAUUUACGGUUAAAAUAAGACCGCAAUCGGCGCAGGGAAUAAGAAGAAUGAACGGGAAGAUAAGAAUAUGCGGAGGAGUAGUAAGAUUAGUCUAUAAGAUGAAGGUGGUGCAAAUAAACUUACACCAUGCGGUAGCGGCGGCGCAAAUACUAACGAAAUAUAUGAGGCAGAACAGUGUGGCCAUAGCGCUCGUACAGGAGCCCUACGUUGCACACCACGCGGUCAAAGGACUUAGUAUGGCGGGGAAAGUUUACGCGGUACAAGCGAGUAAGGACCUUAGGACUUGCGUGGUGUGUAGGGGGAAUCUGGUGGUCACAUUUCUGCCUCAAUUUAGCUCAAAUAAUCUAACGGUAAUUGCGUUAAAAAUGAAAAGUGCAAUUCAAGAAGAGGAUUUAGAAAUAGUACUAGCAGCAGGAUAUCUCCCCUGGAACUCAGACAGGGAUAUUCCAGGGGAAGAUAUAGUGCGAUUGGUGGGGUGGUGUGAGUACAGGAAGACCCCACUACUAAUGGGAUUGGAUGCAAAUGCAAGGAACACCAUAUGGGGAAGUUCGGAUACAAAUGACAGGGGAAGAGAUCUCAUGGAUUUCAUUAUCCAGCAAGGACUGACGAUAUAUAAUAGAGGGAGAUCACCCACUUUUCAGACGACGGAACGAGCAGAGGUGUUAGAUAUAACACUGGGGAACAGACAAAUGGAAGAAGAGGUGUCUGAAUGGAAAGUAUCUAAUGAGGUCACGAUGUCGGACCACAGAUACAUUACAUUCCAGUUAAGCGGACAAGGGAUGACGGAAAUAUAUCCAGUAAGAAAUCCGAGGAAAACGGAAUGGAUAGAAUUUCGAACGAAAUUGGACGAAAAAUUAACGGAGCUACCGAGGAAAUACGGAAACCAGGAAGAACUGGACAACUAUGCAAAGGAAUUCACUAGGAUUACGAUGGAGAGCUGGGAAGCGGCAACGGAGGCGAAACCAAGAGAUGAGCGAAAUAAGGUGCCAUGGUGGACAAAGGAGCUGUCAAGAGAGGUAAGGCACGUAAAGUACCUAGCUAGGAGGGCCCAUAGGAAGAACGGGCUAUGGCAUGAUAGAAAUCAGUUGCGUAUAGCAAGAAACGCACUGAAGAGAAAUCUGUACAAAGCAAAAACAAAGGCAUGGAGGAAAUUCUGCGCCUCUAUAGACAAAAUAUCGAAUGCGGCAAAAAUUAGCCACAUUUUAAUGAAUGCAACCCCAAGACAAUUGGGAGCAUUGAAAAAAGGGAGUGGGGAAUAUACGGAGGAUGAUGGAGAAAUUCUGGGAGAGUUACUGAAAGCACACUUCCCGGGUUUCUCCCUCCAUCCCCACCAAUUAGUGGAGGCAGACCCAGUACAAGAGAUGGGGGCACACUGGGCAUUAGCUAAUAUAAUAGUAUCACCUCAUAAAUUACGUGAGGCUGUAGGUUCUUUCAGUCCAUACAAGGCGCCAGGGCCGGACGGGGUAUACCCUAUAAUACUGAAGAAAAUGUUCCCGAUAGGGGAGCAAGCUCUGUUGAAGCUUAUAAGAGCAUCAUUCGCCACAGGACUUAUACCAGAGGGAUGGAUGGCCACCAAAGUGAUAUUUCUACCUAAACCUGGGAAAUCAGACUAUACAACACCCAAGGCCUUCAGGCCCAUUAGUCUGACUUCCUUCACAUUGAAGACAGCUGAGAAAUUAUUGGAUAGAUAUAUCAAAGAAUAUGUCUUCCCAAUUAAUCCAUUACACGAAAGGCAGCACGCUUUUCGAACCGGCCACUCGGUCGUAACAGCAUUGCACAACGUAACGUUGGCAAUCGAAAAAGCUUUAAAGGUGAAAUAUUACACCAUUGGAUGCUUCCUAGAUAUCGAGGGAGCAUUUAAUAUGACAUCCGUGGACGUAUUGGUAACGGCCAUGGAUGAAUUCAACCUACACCCGAGGAUAAAGAUGUGGAUAACGAGUAUGUUAACCAAAAGAAGGUUGGUGGCGUCGAGAGGAAGCCAAUCAGUAUCGGGGUACGUAAAUAAAGGAUGCCCACAGGGAGGGAUCUUAUCCCCACUGUUGUGGUGUCUAGCGAUCAACUCAUUACUACAUGCGCUGGAAGGAUGUGGGGUGACCAUCUCAGCAUAUGCGGACGAUGUGGUCUUUUUAGCAAUCAGCAACGACAUACACGAAGCGUAUGAUAAAGCCCAGGAAGCACUGGAGAUUCUGAAGGUAUGGUGCGACAGUACGGGAUUAUCAGUCAACCCGGACAAACUGGAAGUGGUACGUUUUACCAAACGUAUAAAGAUACCAGCAACGGAACCUCUAAGAUAUGAGGGAAAGGACCUAAAACUGGUGGAUGAGGUAAAGUUUUUAGGAGUCACGUUUACCAAAAAACUACUAUGGAGACGGCAUGUAUUUAACAAAGUAGCAUGCGGGAAGAACAAUAUAUAUAUGGUGAGUAGAGCCAUAGGUGGGACAUGGGGUUUUUCCCCUCGCAUUGCAAAUUGGAUAUAUAAGUCCAUAGUGGUGCCGAGGGUGACCCAUGGGGCAAUCGCCUGGUGGCAAGCGGCCAAAAUGACUACGGUGAAAAAUAAGUUAAACAGCCUCCAAGGGUUGGCGUUAAGGAAAGCGUUGGGUUCGUUGAGUACCACUCCAUUGAGGGCAAUGGAGGUACUGACGAACACAACUCCGUUGGAUAUUGUAAUUUUAGAUAUUGCAGUACGGACAGCACAUAGAUUAAAGUGCUGGAACAGCUGGACGUGGAAUAACUACGGACACGCGUCGAUAAUGCUGAACGAGGCGAACAGAGAGAUGAAUGAAAUGAUGGAUAUGGAACAGGAUAGAUGCGCCCCAAGCAUGAUUCCGGAGCAAAAAUUUCAGGUAACGAUUCCUACUAGAGAACAAUGGAAGGGUAAUGUAUUACUAGCAGGGAAUCACAUAAAUUGGUACACCGAUGGAUCAGGUAGAAACGAUCUGGCGGGAGCUGGAUGGACGGAUGGGAAGAUAGACAGACACUAUGCCUGUCUAGGAAGAAAUGUAACGGUAUUUCAAACAGAAGCGUUCGCAAUAAUGAAAUGUGUAAAAUUGUUAAUAGACAGGGGCACGAAACAGAAGGAAAUAAGAAUCUUCACAGACAGUCAGGCGGUGUUACUGAGCAUUCAAAAGCUCAUGCAUACCUCACUGACUACCAAGAGAUGUAAGGAACAUCUUAACGAGCUGGCAUCAAGGGGUAACAAGCUAACACUAUGCUGGGUGCCGGGCCACAGAGGUAUUCCAGGGAAUGAACAAGCGGACAAGCUGGCAAAUCUAGGUUCUAGGAGGGCCCCACCGGAAGGGGUACCUCGGCAAGUACCGCUAGCAGAAGCAGUGUUCGCUUUAGGUAGGAAGCGAUGGCGCGAGGGAGAAAGGAAGAGGAAAUGGGACUCUGCGGAAGGAUGCAGGGUAGCCAAAGCUAUGAUUGGACAGAACCCAGUCUAUAAGAAUUGGAGGGAUUUGAUGGAUCUUCCGCGUGAAGACACAAGAAGGGUGGCAGGAAUCCUAACAGGACAUGCCAUCCUGAACCAUCACCUAACAAGGAUGGGGGAACUACAGGAAGAAAGGUGUGAAUUCUGUGAGGAGGAUGCAGUGGAGACGGCAGAACACAUCUUAAUGAGAUGUCCGGGACUAAUGGAGAAGCGUCUCAAAAGAUUACGAAAGGCAAUUCUGGAAGAUGAAGACAUUCCCCAAUUGACGGUGAAGGGGAUACAAGGAUUCACUCAGGACGUGGAUAGGACCAGACCGAGGGAAGAAGAAGAGGAAGAAGAAGAAAUUUGGACGCAGGAAGGGGAGGAGCGGUCGAUACCAGGGGGAUGGACCCAAGAGGAUACGAACAUACUAGAAGACGCAGGAGAGGAAGGAAGCCAUAGUGACGGGGAAGAUACCAUCAUAUAUGCACCAGGAGAGGAAGGGAAUGAGGAACCAGCCCCCCAGGAUUACAGUCCCAUUACCUCCCCGAUCAGUGAUUGGGAGGAGGAGAUGGGGGAAGAGGAGAAUCAUUUACCCCUCCUGAAUGAAAGGGAGGGGGUAAGGGUUCGAUGGGAGGAUGAAGGGGACGCAGAAGAGUGGAGGAACAUGAUGUCGGGCCAGAACUUUGACACGAAAGUAAUAGGAGACACAGGGUUUCUGGUAAGCGAGGGCUUGAUGUUAGCCUUCAAAAGAAACGAACAGAUAGAAGAACCAGAACGAGGGAGGGGAGCCACUAUAGAGGAGUUAGAGGAUGAUGAAGUGGAUGACAUAAUCUGGAUGUAA